CGAAUCUCGAUCCGUUGUCCAGCUUAAAAUCCUUUUUGAAUUCCAACUGCAYCCAACCGAAGUGUCCACCCCAGAUGCAGUUCSUUCGGACGACAACACGCCUGCACCAAUCCACGGCGAGAGCGAGGUGUGCGCAGRCCGGGACCCUCUCUGUCCCGGCGGCGACGAUUCCACAACCGCCGAGGCGCUGUGGUUCGAGCAGCGCCCGGGACCACUCCUACACCGAAGACUGGUACGAGCAAGUCCGAAAACCAAAGGAAUUCUACGAGCGCUGUGCGAACGGAAGACCGCGGCGGUACUUCUACAACGUCGAUCUCAGGGGGAGGCUCUUCCUGGAAGAGACGGUCCCAAAGAACGCCGCCGCUUCCAUCAAGGACGAGGYUUUYCUGGACCGYUUCUUUUCCAGGAUCCGUCGCACCGGSCCCGGGGACCUGCGGCUCGCCGGGAAAUCGAACGCACCGGAGGUUCCCCCGGGGGACUACCCCUUCGUCUCUCGGUGCGGGCCGGAGAUCAAUUUCGUCCGGCCCGCGGCAACGCCGAUCGUCUUUCACUCCCUGGUGGACGGAGCCCUGCUCUACGGGGGCAGCCUGCGGGUGCCCUUCGAGACCGAUCGGCUCGUGGUGUCGAGGGKUUCCGGUAGGCUGUUUUACAGGAUCUCCGGCGGCAGCGGCGGCAACGGGUUUGCGGACGGCCCCGCGGAAGCACCGGCCRCCGGGCUCGAAUACGGCCUGAUCUGUUCCUCCGUGGCGGUAGCCCUCUCCAACCGCAUCGACACGGGUYCGGAUAUGGAUGCAAAYCAUCACUCCACRCAAGACACCGACCUCGACGAUCGAUUCGUGUACGACGGAGAGGGACCCAUCGACUGGCUGCCCCCCGGUUGCGAACCGGGACCGUGGGCAAUGCCGGACGAGCCGUGCGGCUAGCGAGCUACGAGUAYACCUUUCAUCGA